AUGUACUCGUUUUCAUGUGUUAUGUGUUUUUUAUCGUUUUAUCUUAUGUCCAACCUUGUAGGAAAUGCUAAAGGAUGUAUCGACUAUGAUUUGGACUUGAUAUAUAGUGAUAAAAUUCUAGUUAAAUGCCACUCAGACGAUUUCAAUAUUGUCAGGAGAAAUUUCAUUCGCCAUAAUGUGACAUUCCUAUAUAAGGUGGCCCAUAAUGUAUAUGCGUUUAACAUAUGGAUGGCUGAAACAGGACUCAAUGCUCAACGAGAACGUAACGAAGCAGACCUCAAGGAUCCACGCGAAUUUAACAUAGCCGAGCUCAAGGCUUCACGAGAACUUAAUGAAACAGAGCUUGAGGCUCUAUACAUAUUUGGUGGAAAAGACGCUUUUGGAAAUAAUCGGGUAAAGUACAUUCAACAAGGGGAACAGUUGUUCCCCAAUCCGCACGUACUACCGCUUGAGAGGCAUACCCGGGAUACACGAACUAUUUUUGAAGAUAACCGGCAAAGGCAACACUCUGGCAUAGUCUGUUCACCGUUCUACGAUCCCGCUCACCACAUCGAGGACGCCUGGAAGGCCGGUUACACUGGCAAGCACAUUGUCAUUGGAAUAGUGGAUGUCGGCAUAGACGGGGACAACCAAGAGCUGAAAGAAAAUAUUGCUGUUGAAUACUCACACAACUUUGUGGAUAACAACAAUAACUAUGCACCGGAGUAUUAUGGAAAUUAUCCUGAAUUAAGCACACUCACAAAUCAUGGCAACGCUUGUGGGACCGUGGCCGCUGGCGUUUGCAGAAAUACAACGUGUGACCCCUGCAGCUGUGGUGUUGCUAAGGAUGCAAAAAUAGCUGUACUCAAAACUGGCAAGGUGAUGAAGUUCAGAAAUUGGCCCUAUCCCGCGAUGGAAUCCUCCGCGUAUGCCGCUGCCCUUGGGUACAAACACAACCAUAUUGCCAUUUAUUCGUGUAGCUGGGAUUUCAACAAGCCUUUUACCAAACUUGACUUUGCAUCAGAAAAGGCUCUUUUCAAAGGAUAUAAGGCAGGUCGUAAAGGUCUGGGUUCCAUAUACGUGUUUCCAGCAGGAAGACCAGGUAAUGGAUUUUCAAACAGUCUGUAUACGAUUGCUGUGAACACUAUCGGUGUCAACGGGACUUUGCCCGGCCGCCGAUUCGUCAACACGGCAACUCUCGUCUCUGCCUUUGGUGAUGGAAAUACUCGCCAUGACUCCGGGAUGGUAAUAAGGCCAUUACAAUGGACAACUAUGCAUAGCCAACCAAAUACUACUAGAUGCUCUAACAAGUUUUCUGGUUCAUCAUCUGCAACGGCGUUGGUGUCAGGAAUAAUAGCGAUAGCUCUGCAGGCAAAUCCAAACCUUACUGUUAGAGACAUAAAACAUAUCCUGGUUGAAUCAUCCACUUAUACUGGACUUGAGGAAACUCCAAAUUUCAAGCAAAAUGCAGCUGGAAAGUUUUAUCACAGUGCAUUUGGCUUUGGUUAUCCGAAUGUGAUGGAAAUGAUUCAUUACGCACAAAAUUUUACACCUCUACCAAAUUUGGUGCACUACUCCGUAUUUGUUGCUGAUGACAGAAUAUAUGGCGAUAAGCGGAUUGUGGACCUUUUUUCAAACAAGAGUAUCGACAUCGAGCAGAUCACAGUAGAUGUUUGGAUGAAACUUCCAAAAGAAGAGAACGUCGUAUUGCAUUUGAUUUCCCCCAGUCGCACGGAAGCACUGCUACUGGAUACGAUAAUCAACAGGCCUCCUGAAGACGUGGAUGUGGACAACCGAUUGCAUGUCCACACAGUAUUCCUGGUGAACGCAUUUUGGGGUGAAAUAAGUUAUGGAAAUUGGUCAUUGGAACUCCGUUUACAAAAUAGACAAUCCUUUCCCGAACAUGACCUUGGAGCCAUUAAUAUCACAUUUUAUGGAACACAGAAGGACAACCUUAAUAUAACCGGCAACGGAAAAAGAACCAAUGAAUAUGACCUUCAGAAAAACGGCGUUGAUAAUAACGAUCGAAAAGUAAAGGGCACACAGAAGUACAAAAAUAAUGUCAUGAAUAAUACAUGUAAUAUAACACUAAUAAUCAUAUUCAGCAUUGCACUUUUUGAAAAUAAUUUUUGACUAGUUUGUUCCAUUUAUGAACAAUGAAAACACUAGGCUGAAGUGAAAAAGAUGUAACAAAAGGAGAGACACUUGUCAGAGGCUGUAUUUUCAUUCUAUUUGAGCAUUAUGGCUACAAUGAAGAAAUUGAUAUGUAAUUGAUCCUAUGCAACAUAAUGAUCGACGUGUCUAGAUUAGACAGAUAAUUAGAGGACUCAACAAGACUCAGCUGGUGCACAAUGUGACUGCCACAUGAUAUUAAAGAACUUUACAUGAAGUAAUUACUGAAAAUGGUAUAUAUUAUUACUCACUAUUUUGAAAGAAUUUUUAUAUUCUUCAACCAGAGCAUGUUAAUCAAUGUUUAGUUGCUACACUCAUAUUGCAUAUAUUUAACGGUAAUUAUUGAGCUCAUUUAUGUGAUAUGCCAUUUUCUGGAUAAGCCAUUUUUCAGUACGGAAUACACGGUACCCUUUCACCCACUUGCCAGUUUUUAUAUUUUUAUCUAUUCUUCAUUUACUUCUUUAGAUUUUAUGUUUUUAUUUAUUCUUCAUUUUAAAAUAUCAGGAACGUUCACUUUUAUUUUGUUUGAUCUGGAUCUUACUGUGUUCAUGUACCUUAUUUAUAAUUAAAAAUUAUAUCAGUCAUUUUUAA